GCAAACAUUUAUAAAUGUUUAUUAUUCAUAUUUUUUCAGAGUAGAUGGAACAUAUUGUUGUCAUGGGUAUAAGUGGGAUCAUUCACAUAAUAUGUGUAUACCCUGUGAAAAGGGAUUUCAUGGAUUAAAUUGUGACACCAUGUGUCAAUAUCCUACGUAUGGAAAGGACUGUCAGUCUAAGUGUAAAUGUGAUGUCACAAACUGCAAUCAUGUUAACGGUUGUAUACAGCCUACAAGAAAAUAUAUGGUUCAAUCUACAAUACACACAAACGACAAGACCGUUACAGCCAGCAGUCAUAGAGAUAUUUAUAAUGUUACGACAGACACUACUACGAAUUCAACUUACCCUGUUUAUGAAACAAAGAAAACAGAACCUAAAAAGAUCAACACUCUCAUAUUUGGUAUAAUAGGACUAAUGACACUUUCAUUUAUCAUAUACAUGAUGUAUCUUUACACACGAGUAUUAGAGAAACGCUUAGUCAAAUCAAUCUUUCAGUUUAGGUGAAAUAAUAAAAAAACAAAACUCAACCAUUUUAUAACCAUAAUCUCUUUUAAGGACAAUAUCUAAAAAAUAAAAGUUGCGUACAGGUGAAUGAAAUUCCAGAUUUAAAUUUUUUCGAUGAUGCUCCAAAUCAAAUUCGUCAAAUCAAAAAUGACGUCAUAAUGGUUCUAGCAUCAUCAAAAAGACACUCUGGAAUCAAAUGUUAGAUCUAGACCUAAAUUUCGAGCUGCAAGUCGU